AUGACGCAGCCUCUGGUCGAGUUCACUGUUCACAACUUUUCCAAUGCCAGCGAGGCCAGCUUGUCGCUUCCGUCCUCUUCCGCCCUCCGUGAUGAGGCUCGCAAGCUUGUCGAGUGCGUUCAGGAUACAGAUGGGUGGAGGUCUGUCUUUAUUGCUUCGCAGGAUGAGAGUCCUCGGUUCGCGCUCAGAAACGCGUACCAGUACGUCUACGAUCCACCCGCUAUAAAAUACGACAGCCAACGACUCGGUAUUGAAAACCUAAAGUCCUGGGGAGAACCACCGGAUGCCGACGAACUAGUCCCUAUGGAGGAUCUCGAGCCCUUCCACAGCACGGACCUACGAGAUCCCGAACCGCCAGAGGCUUCCCAGCCCCAGAUCCAUGCUAGACCAACUCUGGAGCUGGAGGAUACAUCCGUCCUCGAGGAGCGUCCUCUAAAAAGACCUCGGCUAGACAUUGAACCGCUAUACGAUCUCAUACCCCAGCCCCACUACCAUUCGAUACCAUCCGGAAAAUACGACCCCUUCAAUCCAGAGCGUUGCCCGCCCUUUCCGAAGCGCCCGGCCGUCCCCGUCCCGCCGCAGACGCAGGAGGCCGUCGUGGCCGUGCUCGAGCAGCCAUACGCACGCGUCGCGUGGGUCAUUCCCGUACGCGGGGACGUGCCGUACGAGGGCGCGACAGAAGCUCGCCUCCUGCUCGCGCCCGGGGCGCCCGCAUCCCAUCCAAGUCUUCCAACUGAUCAUGGGGCUGAAGACGAGUAUGACUCGGUUCUGCCCAGCGCGCCGGACACAGACCUGGGUAGAGACGCGCGCAUAACGUGGACGCGCGCGGCCGUCCUCGACUUCUGGACGUUUCUCCUCCGCAUGCAGCAGGCCAAAUACACAGGGCCGACCGCCGUAUCGUUUCACCCCGCCUCGCCCGACCCGAUGCGCUCCCUCUCCCUCCCUCCCUCGGCGAGCGCGUUUCGCAGCCAGAGCAGAUGGGACGAUACCUCAGCCACGAUCUCCCAAGUGCCGUCGACCGAGGAGUCGGAGUCGAGAGCGCACGAUCUCACAGAGGCGUGGCGCAAGACGCGCCUGCAGUCUGCGGACUACGUCAAGGUGUUCCACGACGCUGCGUACACGCGAUAUCUCAGGAAUAUCCUCGACGCGUACUGGUUCGGUGCGGGGCACGAGGGGGAGCCGAAGCCCGACGACGCGAUGGACGUGGAUCGGCCGGGCCCCAAGAUCAAGCCUCUGAGGGGAGCCAGGCUCGCGCUGCUUGAUGAUCGAGGUCGGGGGCUGCUCGUUUGGUAG